GAGGGCGUCAGACACCGUCGCGUUGGAGGCCGAGACACGCGUGUGACUACUUUCCUCUAGAACCUUCAUUUCGCCUUAACUAGCAAGAAGAGGCCCUCUUUCCGUGCCCAGCGCAGCCAUGGCUCGUGGUCCCAAGAAGCACCUAAAGCGCGUAGCAGCUCCGAAGCAUUGGAUGCUGGACAAGCUGACGGGCGUGUUCGCUCCUCGCCCGUCCACCGGCCCCCACAAGCUGAGGGAAUGUCUCCCUCUCAUCAUUUUCCUGAGAAACAGACUGAAGUAUGCCCUAACCGGAGACGAAGUGAAGAAGAUCUGCAUGCAGCGGUUCAUUAAGAUCGACGGCAAGGUCCGAACGGAUGUCACCUACCCUGCUGGUUUCAUGGAUGUCAUCAGCAUUGAAAAGACCGGAGAGAAUUUCCGUCUGGUCUACGACACCAAGGGUCGCUUUGCUGUGCAUCGUAUCACACCUGAGGAGGCCAAGUACAAGCUGUGCAAAGUGAGGAAGAUCUUCGUGGGCACAAAGGGCAUCCCUCACCUGGUGACCCACGAUGCACGCACCAUCCGCUACCCUGAUCCCCUCAUCAAGGUGAACGACACCAUUCAGAUUGAUUUGGAAUCUGGCAAAAUUACCGAUUUCAUCAAGUUUGACACCGGUAACCUGUGUAUGGUGACCGGAGGCGCUAACCUGGGGAGAAUUGGCGUGAUCACCAACAGAGAGAAGCACCCUGGUUCUUUUGAUGUAGUUCACGUGAAAGAUGCCAAUGGCCACAGCUUCGCUACCCGUCUCUCCAACAUUUUCGUUAUCGGCAAAGGCAACAAACCAUGGAUUUCCCUUCCCCGUGGAAAGGGCAUCUGCCUCACCAUUGCUGAAGAGAGAGACAAGAGACUGGCAGCCAAACAGUUGGUGAAAUGAGCCAAACGCGACAUGAUAAGAAGAGUCUUUGUACUUAAUUAAAGAUAAUGCUGCAUGAGGGAAAAAAUAAGAUGGGGGGAAUUGACAUGCCCACUAAUGCUAAUAAUUCAUAACCUAACUUUCAUUCCCUUUUCCUCUGGGACUUAACAGCUAUAUGAGUACGACACUCCCUUUCUCUAAAGUCAGUCUCGCUUCAGCCUCUCCCUUUUUAUACACUCGGUGAGUUCACUGUACUUCUCAGUUUGUAACCAGCUACCUGCUCCUGAAAAGCUCUUAUUUCAUUUAUUCACUUAUUUCCUUUUAGUUGCAUUUCUUACUUCCUGUCUCAUAGCUGCAUAGGCAAUUAGUCUGAUGUGCUUUCUACAUGUAUUUGAGUUUGUAGGUUUCUAGCAAAAUAAGUAGUUUUGUUUCAAAUGUUUAUGUAAUUGCAAUUGAAAUGCAAGUAUAGAUUUUAGUUAAAGAUAAUGUAUUAAUAUUGGCUUAUUAAAUGUAACAAAUACACCAUACCAAUGUAAGAUGUAACUGGUGGAACGUGCCGCAUAUAUGGCAGCUCUGUACUAUCUCAGUUUUUCUGUAAGUGUGAAAUUACUUUAAAAAAAUAAAGCCUAUUUAAAAAAUG